UCUUAUUAUUUGUGGCUUUCGGAAUGAAUGAAAAAACGGUUAAUUUAAGAUAAAAUCCGUGAUUAAGAAUAUAUUCGAUCAGUGCAUAGUUUGUUCAAAAGCGGUUUUAAUAAUUAAUUUUGUAUAUUGGUGUCACUAUCUCUUAUAAACAAUGAAAUUGGUGUCGGUAAUUAGUUUAAUUAACGCUAUAAUCGUCGGGGCCGGUCAAACACCGACACCAAUUGUACUAUGGCAUGGAAUGGGUGACACUUGUUGUGCAUUCUACAGUCUGGGUGGCUUCAAAAAAUUCCUAGAAGAGCAAAUACCAAAUGUGUAUGUCACAUCCCUACGGUUCGGGAACGACUCUGUUGAGGACCGGUUGAGUGGUUUCUUCAUGAACCCUAAUGACCAAAUAGACUAUGCAUGCAAAGUACUAGCAGCGGACCCUAAUUUGCAAAACGGCUUUAAUGUGAUCGGCUUUUCUCAGGGAUGCCAGUUUCUACGAGGCAUGAUCCAGCGAUGUGGCCACAAAUUACCUCCAAUCAAGAGCUUCAUUUCCCUCGGCGGGCAGCACCAAGGCGUUUACGGCUUCCCGCACUGCAGGGCGGUGUCCCACAAGAUAUGCGACUACAUAAGGGAGCUGCUCAACUUUGCGACUUAUGAGAGUUGGGUCCAGUCAUCGCUGGUCCCGGCUACCUACUGGCACGAUCCGCUCAACGAGCAAGAAUAUAAUACGAAAAGCAUUUACAUUGCCGACAUCAACAACGAAUUGACGAUCAACGAGACUUACAGAUCAAACUUGAAGAAGCUGGAACACUUCGUGAUGGUGAAGUUUGAGAGAGACAGUAUGGUGCAGCCGCGAGAAUCAGAAUGGUUCGGAUUCUACACUCCAGGGCAAGCCUCGGAGCUGCAGACGCUACAGCAGUCCAAAAUAUAUACUGAGGACCGCUUGGGACUACGGGAAAUGGACCGCGCCGGAAAACUCGUAUUCCUGUCCCAACCCGGCGAACAUCUUCAUUUCGACGAGACGUGGUUUAUUGACAACAUCAUCAACAAAUACCUAGUUUAGUUAAUUAUUAUUAUUAUAUUUUAUUUAAUAGGCUAUUAAUUAUUGACUAUACAUAUAGGAUGAGUAAUGUCUAAGACAAAUGCGUUCUUCGACUUCAACAGCUUAUGUAGAUGGCUCUGUACUCUGGUAGUCAAAACACAGUCGUUAAUUCAGUUACCUUGCCACAAAAUAUAUGGCGUCAUAGAGCGCCAUCUACUUUAGUUGUUUAAGUCGGGGGAUACAAUUCUUUUAUAAAUCAAUUUAUUAAUAAUUAAUUUACCUGAUAGCAGAGAAUAGUAAUUGAAUAGUGUUAACUUUCAUACACUGCUGCGUAAUAAAAACGUUUUAGGCGUAAAAUAGUAGAAUGUACAACAAGGGCAUAAAGCGAUCCAUUUUUAUCCGAGGCAAUUUAUUAUUACCAAUAUAGUCGAGGAUAAAAAUGAACAUUUAUGCUUGAGUUAUACUCUCUGCUUUUCACUUCGAUUGUGAGUAAAAUAUACAUACAAAUAUAUGCUAAGUCAAUAUGGGUCAAUAAGUCAAUAUAGACCUUGGGAUUAUUACUACAAGGCAGAAAAUCAAAUAUAUAAUAACCAUCCGUCAUUUUCCAACGAUGUUUACCAAAGAACUGACAGACAAUUUAUGAUAAAAUCAAAUUAAA